AUGAAUGUAUCCGGAACAUUGAGCUUCUUCAGGCUCUUUAGAGAUCCGUCUCUAUGCUUACCGCACCACACAGUAUCUACCUUCAACCACCUACCAAUUCCUCUUUCUCGCCCUUUCACCAAGGCAGAUGGUGAGAAGAAGGUAGACAUUCGGGCUGUUGUGCUUGACAAGGAUAAUUGUUUUGCUGUACCCAAGGAAAAUGAAGUUUAUGAGCCAUAUGCAGAACGCUUCGAGGAACUACGCAAAGCAUAUCCUGGAUCUCGUCUGCUAAUUGUAUCAAAUUCUGCUGGCACUCUAUCAGAUCCUACCGGAGCGGAAGCAGACCUUUUGGAAAAGAACACUGGAGUUAAAAAACCUGGUUGUCAUCCUGAUGUGCUAUCAUAUCUUCGAAAUGCUCCUGACACCGGAGUUACUCAUCCAUCUCAAGUCGCCAUUGUGGGAGACAGGCUCUUUACUGAUGUGAUGAUGGCAAACAUGAUGGGCUCAUAUGGCUUCUGGAUCAGAGACGGCGUCGUGGAAGAAAAAGGACUCAGAAGUCUUUCAGGCUUCCUCACUCGCCGUGGCUACGUCCCGCCAUCUCCCCAAAACCAAUUUGAGUAA